ACACCCGGCUUUGAUCCGCACUUCCCGGCGGAGCACAACACAGAUCGGAGCUUGUCUCGGUGGGCUCCGGUGCGUCUUUUUUUAGACUUUCAAAAGUGAAAACGUGGGUUGUUCACCGCACAAGAGUAGCUACGAGCAAUCACGUGAUCAAAUGCGGAAAUUGUGUGUUAGAGAAAGUGUAGCGGAGAAAAGAGGGGAGUGGAGGUUUUGGGAGCCGUUUGUGUUUUGAGCUGCUGCUGCUGGUGUUGGUGCCUGCACUAGCUUGACAUCCUCCGUACCAAAACAAAUCUUCUUCUACAGAAAGAGAACGACUGUGGUUUAUUAAGUGCGACUUUCCACCGUCGUAAAAACAGUAAGGUAAGUUUGAGGAGGUAACGCUCAUUUCAGCACGUCUACUUGUAUUUUUCAUGUUACCGAGGCAGAUUUUGGCGUGUUAUUUCACUGUUGCCACUUGUCCUGAUGUCUUUUGAAACUUAUGAUGGGUUACUGUGAACUUUAUAAUGUCAAAAAUGACCCGUAUUUGGACAGACUACAUUAUCUUUAACAAAAAAUAGAAGUAUAGCAAACGAAAGUAAGAUGCUGCUGUAGUCACCCAUGAAGAUACUGUGAGUUAAGUGUGUUAUUUUACCCACUGAUAGAUACACUACAAACAUUAAACUUCAGUUAUGUAGGCAUUAGACAUUAAAGGCAGAGGGUCUGACUGUCAGAAGAAAGGGUGUACUUGAUAUUUUAUCUACAAGAUGCUGUUGAAUCAGAAAUUGAAUGAUUUCAGCUAGUCUAUGAUAGAAAAUUGUGGAAAGACAACAUAUUUUUUUAAUUUUAAGUAUUUUUUGUUUCUGAACGGUUGGGACUGGGGCAUGUUUACCAUUGUGUUGCGUCACCUGUUCUCUAAACAACACUCUGUAAACCAAAGAGGCCAGUUUUCUGGAGUUUUGAAAGUUUGGAGUCCCUUUUUGUCAUGUUGUUUUUUUACAUCCAGUGCCAGAUGUUUUCAAUAGGGGACAAGUCGGGACUGCAGGCAAGCCAGACUCUUCUACUCUGCACCCAUGCUGUUGGAAUACCUGUCUGGGCAUUGUCUAUGGGAUAUAGUCAUUGUAUGGUUUCCUUUUUGCAUGGUACAAUUUUAACUUGGAUUUUAGGGAUGUAGUGAUGAAAUUGCGAUGAUUAGUACUACAGAGUCAUGUCUGUUUUCAGUUCAGUGCUGCCUGAGUCCCUUUUGAUCACAGACACCCAAACUCAGUUUCAUCAACUCAAACAAACUCAGUAUCAUCGUUCAGAAUCCUUACUGACGUAUAUUGUAGCAGAUAAAAAGUGAUUUUAUCUUUUUCUGGAAUUGCUGAACUCACUCAGUCUCUCACAUGAUGACGAACCACCCUCUCAUCUUUCCCCCUGAGAGACUCUUCGGCAUGCUCUUUUUAUUCCCAGCCAUUGAACUCACAUUUUACAAAUAAAUGUUUGUAGAUGAGAGAUUUUCCUCCUGGUGUUUGUUAGAAUUACACAACUUUUUCAGUGUUUUGUUGUUCACUUUAUCAAUUAUUAAGAGUUAAAAUUAGUCUUUAUUUUUCAUAAAACUAACAACUUUCUGUUUAGUCCAGACCUUUCUUGUAGGUGAAAUGUAGAACAAAGAUUGAGUUAAAAGCAUAUCAAGACAGCAUUAACUCCGAAGCUACUGUUUAAUUUCAUCUCCAUGCUGUUGUCAGUGUUUGUUCCCAGCACAUGGAGAUGAAAUCCCUCUCUCAAAAUAACAAAGCAUAAAUUCAAAGCAGGAUAAGGCUACCUGUUGCUGCUGUCUGCGAUUUUAAUUUGUCAGCUGUGGCUCAGAGCUGUCAGUGACAAAGCUCUGUGAGGCUUCAGGAUAUGAGUGAGGUGGCCAUGAAUAUAAAUUAAAUUCAAUGCCCACACCCUCUGAAGGUCACCGUAUAAGGAAUCAGUCUGCUUGACGCAUCUGCUUCUUGACGUGUCCGGGUGGAUCAGACCACAAUCCAAUCACAAUGAAUUUAAAAGUUUCAACACAUGCAAUUUUGCCUAUUCAUAAAACAUGUCACACUUAACUUGGCGUAAGUUGUCUCAAAGAUUUUUUUCAGGGGUAGCUAUGUAACUAAAGCAACUGUCUAGAGUGACCAUACGUCCUCUUUUACCUGGACAUGUCCUCUUUUUUGGGGGGCUGUCCGGCCAUGUCCGGGGGAGUUUAUAAAAUCCUUCAAAUGUCCAGGGUUUUGUAUGGAAGUUUUGAGUUUGUGUCACAUGGACUUACUGAGUUUGAAGAGCAUAAAAAACACUCGACCCGACCCGAAAAACUCUAAAAAUUAACUACGCGAAACAUCAUGACUCCGCCCCUGCAUAGUCGUGUCCUCUUUCUGGGGAUUCGGAAUAUGGUCACUCUACAACUGUCUAAACCUGACAGGGCAUGAAAUGUGAGCAAGUUAUCGAAAAAUCUUUAAAUUAAAGUAAAAAUAGCUUUAUUUAUGAAGGUUUGGUUAGGGUUUGGGUUAGAAAUAAGGCUGUCAUGGUGGAAGAAAGUUCUUUCAGCCUCCUCGCUAACAGCUACAACAUGCCCGUUUGUCAGUCACAUCAGCUGUGCGACUAAUUUUGCAAAGCUUGUAACUGUGUUAUAUUCAAAACUAAUGAUUUAUGAUGAAAUUCAACACAAUGUAAAAGGACAGAGCAAUAAUGUUGCGUUCGAAUUACCUCUGGAGUCAGAUGUUGAAGCUGAAAAUGACGUCAUAUCUGAGUUACUAGCAUUUCAGUUACCAAGGCUGUGUCCAAAAUGGAUCCCUAACCCCUAUAUAACCGACUGUAUGGGGGUUAGCGCCGUUUUGAGGGGUGUCCGAAACCUGAGUGAUCAAUUCCAGUGCCCUAUAUAGGCAACUCAAAAUUACCCAUAGAGCAUUGCAAAAUGUAGUGACCAUCUGAUGGUCACUCACCAGUGGUGGGCAUCCCGUCAUGCAUUGCGUAUUGCCAUGUAGUGUCCAAAACCUCUGGUGAUUGAGUUCACAUAUGGAGGUGAGGGGUUAGGGAUUAAGUGAUUCAUUUCGGACACAGCCCAAGUCGGAGAAAAGCAAAAUCAGAGGUGGAAACAAGAUGGCUACAUGUACGAAAGUUAUUUUAAGGCUUGCCUUGUCCUUGUUAUAUUUGAAAGAGGCAAGCGCUUUAAUAACUUUCGUAGAUGUAACCGUCUUGUUUCAGCCUCCAAUUUUGCUGUUUUCUGACUUGGUAACCGAAACGUUGAUAACUCGGGUGUGACGUCAUUUUCAGCUCCAACAUCCAACUUCCGAGGUCACUCGAACGCAGCAUAAGCCUUUCAGGCAAAAACUGCUCUUGAAACAGGUUGUACAAAGAUGGGAUUUUUUAGAAUGGGUGUGUUUGCAGCCAGUUUCAGCUCUCUCAGGAUGCACUAUUGGAUCCAGAGACCAGCAUCAUGAAUUCAGAAUAAUGUGGCGUUUGCCUUCCAUUCUCUACUGUUGACUUGGAUUCCCCUCAGGAGAGUAAGACAGUCUGAGUAGAUGUUUAAACCUGACAGUUUGGUUUUAGCCCAGUUUAGGUUUGUUUGAAGCCGGUCUAAUUGUCUGGUUUGCCUGUCGGAGUCCUUUUUAAUGACGCUGAUGUGCCCCCAGUUGUCAGCUGCUCACCCCGGGUACAGUUUAAUUAUUAAUGCUAACAAUGGGAGCUGUGCCUGCAACAAUAAAACCCCAUGAGUCAUAAUCUGGAUCUAUUCUUAUGUGGUUUUCAUUCAGUAGUUAGAAAUCAAACCUCAGAUUUCAUGAAACAAUGAGGCCUUAAUAUCUCCAAUGUCUUCUCCUGGUGAUUUAAGGUCGUUCUAAUAUCAUAUUGACCUGGUAGAUUCUUGUAAUCCCAAGAAUUGACCAUCUGUGUCAUUUUCAAACACCAGUAUGUUGCAGAUGUUCGUGAAUCCUAAGACAAAAUUUACUUCCUUUUCCUUCACUGCUGCUCUCUCAGCUAUUAGGAUCUCAUCAGCAGUUUUCCAAUCUCAGCGGCCCACUUAGGCGCCCAAAAACAGCAGUGAUAUGUGGAGCUGUCAAAAGUGGAUUGUGCUCUGAUUUAAAGCGUCUCUUGGCGGAUGCUACAUUACCUUGGCGCAGAUCUUUUCUGGCCGUGUCUUCAUUUCAGACAAAACCAAUGUAAACAAUUACGAUGAAACACUACCCAAUAAAGGAAACCAUAGAAAUCCAAGAUCAUGCCAAACUUUGCACAGUUAGAUCUGAGACCAACAGUCAGAGUCAAUCCAAUGAAGAGUUUGUGUGUUAAAGGAUGUUUAUAGUUUUUCCAGAGCAGAAUCUCACAGCUGGAUAUUAUUUGCUUGUUGAGAAAACCAAGACAGUUUUGACCUCUGAGGAUAAACCCCUCUGAGCCUCCUCUUCAAACCCAGAGCUAACAAAUCCUCCCAUAAUGGAGGCAGACCAUGUCUUUGAACCCUUGCUCUGAAAGAAAACAAGUGCAAAGACAAAAAAAAAAACAGUGCUGUAAAAAUAUUGUUCAGUCUUUGCUCUUUAAAACAUGCAUGCCAGCUCUGAAAAGUUAAAGAGCCCAGUUUGUCUGAUCAGUCAAUGAUGCUCUGAAGCUUGUUUUCACAGAGCACCAGAGGGUUUUUGUACCAAGUUUGUGUUCGGACUCAAGUACAAACUGUGUCAGGGUUUAAAGAAAUUUAGAACAUCCAUUUUUUGGAGUAUUUAACCAAAGUUUUCUUUAUGUAUUCAUGAAAAGCAUCCCUCUCAAUACAGUGAGGUAACAACUUUGUAACAUAUAUGUUGGUUAUUUUUGUAUAUGCACUAACGCUUGAUUUGUAGGAGGUCAAUUCUCAACAUUAAGGCUCGAGAAAGUGAGGACUUCAGGCGCUGACAGCAAGUAAAAUGUAAACUGACACAAAGGGGCAGGGUUCCUACGCAAGUAUGGAAAGUAUGGAAAAGUAUGGAAGUAAUUUGAUCAAUUUCCAGGUCUUAAAAAGUGUGGUAAAUGAAAAACAAAGUAUGGAAAAAUAUUUGUGUUAAUAGACCACAUUACCAUAGUUACCAUAAAAUAAUACUGUAAUACUGUAAUACUGUUUUCUAAAAUAGAAAAGUUGGUAUUUCCAAAAAUAAUUCUGAAAAGUAGGAUAUGGAAAAGUCUGGAAAGUCCACCUGUGUAGGAACCUUGAAGGGGCAAGAACUUCAAAAUAAAAGAGGAGACGAUAAACAUACAAGGAAAAUCAUUACAAACCCAAAGUUCCUCACAGGAGCUUUAAGAUAAAAAUGCUUACACAGCAGGAGUGAGAAGAGCCUGAGGACAUGACUGGAAAUUGUUCUUGUUUACAACUGAAUACAUUUUUAAUAUUGAAAAACUAUUUCUGAAGUUGUUUGGCAGAGAUGUCUCGGUAAAGGCGUAAGGAUACUUUGGUAUUGUAUAGUUGUUAUGACACACAGUUACGCUGCUCAUUUCCUCUGCUCACAAACUGAUAUGAAGCCCCGCUGAGAGGGAUGGGAUUGUUUUCCAUCUGUGUGAAGCUGACUAACAGUAGCUUCAGCCCCCAGCUAAUCCUCUUAGACUGUUAGGUUGUUUUCUUUAAUUGAACUCUCUGUCGGGAGUCUUAGGCUCUCUUGGCCGACUAUCGCGGCCACAUCUGUGCUCACAGCUGAUGCUGCGGCCAACCAAAGGUCGAGCAUUUAGAGAGAAAAACACCUCAGGAAGCUGACGGAUGCUGAGCUGUUAUCUCCUCGUUAUUUUCCUCUCUCCUGUACAACCUUUCUUCCUCCCUAUCUUCACUGUUCUGCGGUUGAUCUAAUCACUGACUACUGUCUCUGACUCUUCUGCCGCUCUCUGCAUUUUGCUGAGUCUUACUCUCACUCUGUGUCCUCCAUCCUGGCGUGUUUUACAGGGUCCUUCUGAGGUCAAGUUGCUGACAUGAUGAAGCUGUGACAGUUUAUGUCCAAGUGAGUCUGUGCUGGACCGAUCUCUGGGACAUGGCCGCUGCAAAGAAAAGUGAGUUGUUUUUAUUAUUAUUUUCGAUGCUUGAUGAAAGUCCAAAAACAUUUCUUCUAACCUGUCCUGGGUGCUAAAUCUUGAGUUGGUUCUCUAGGUAAACCAUGUAAAGAUGGAAGCACUCUUUUGCGAUCAGGACUGGCAGUAAUACUUUAGAUAGAAAUCAGCUGAGUCACAACAUGGUUAAAAUUUUUCUGCAUAUAUGUAUUCUUGAGAAAACUGUGUCAGUACAGAGGAAGUCUCAGUUAUAGACAGUAUCUACUCAUACAUUGGAAGUGUGAUGAAGCUCUAAGAUUUCACCAUAGAUAAAAUGCUGAGUCAAACUGACUAAUAACUGGAAACCAGCAAAGAAGUGCGUUUGAGGCCCCAUCCUCAUCCUCUGUGUUUGCCCUCUCCCAUCAUGUUCAGUUCACAUUAUGGUGGAACAAAGUCAUUCUGCCUCUGAUCCACCCUCCAGAACUAAAACAGAAAUAGUGAAAAGGCUGUGGCAGGGUGUGUAAGUGUGCCUCAGUGCCCACUGCACUUUCAUAAGGUCGUGAUGCAAUGUGAACCCACGCCCAAUAUGUAAGUAUAGAUGUGUAGUGAUGGAGGAACUUGCACUGUGAAGAGACUUUUUACUUCCAUACAAUAUGAAGUUAUAACAGCAGGUGAUUAGAGUAUGGAUGGACAUCAGCUGAAACAAGCUGCUCAUAACUUUUAAUCAGCGUUGUGAGGAGGUUUAUAUUUAACCAGGAUGGACCAGAGAAGCUCUCUCUCUCUGAUGAGCGCUGAAGGUUAUCAGACACGAGGGGCAGAGGGCAAAGAGAGGUUGUCUUAAUCAUUGAUUGCAGAUUCAACUCUUAAGUAUGAAGAUAAUAAGAAUGUAAAAAUGGUAGGAGAACACUACCCACCACCCUGAUGAUGGGGUUAUUAACAGUUGGCUAACUAGCUUGCCUAGCUAGCUAGCAUUGUGUAUCAAAGACACCAUCACCCCCAUCUUAACUUAACCUUUACAGCUGGUCUGAGCACAGAAAUGAACUAUUACAGUGUUUCCCCUAGAUUUUUUUUAAGCAGCGGUGUGUGUGCGCUCUCUUGCUGCUCCAGGAGCUACGCUGUUACAUUCAUGUUACGUUACCCGCAUUACUCGCUAUACAGACCAGAUGUAGGGGAAACACUGCUGAUCCACAUAAGUCUGAGGUAGAACUACGUGAGAUAAAAACUCUUUUUUUUUUAGGUGUGGCAGCUUUUAUUUAGCUGUGGUGGUGCGCCACGAUCAAUUGCAUGUAGGGGAAACCCCGUAUUCGACUAUUAUUGGAAUACUGUUUUACAUAUAUAUAUAUUUUUUAUUUGACAAAGUUUAGUACAGUCUUAUUUUUGUAUUAUUUUUAUGUGGGACUGUGUAUGAAUUUGUGUAUGGCUGUUGUCUUUGUGUAUCUUUUUUCAACUCACUGCAAAUGAAUCUCCUCACGAGGACAAUAAAUUCAACUUAAAAAUGAUAAACUAAUAACUUGCUACUGAGUCUAAAACCAAAUACUUUUAUUUAACAGCGUGGUACUUAGCAGUUUGAGAGUCUGCUCUCUUGAUUGUAUUAGCUGCAAUUAAUCAGGGGGUAAGUGGGCCUAAAGGACGCACCAGAGACAUCCUCCACAGUACAGAAAAGAAGGAACAUCUGUCAGCCGCAUUUGCAGGAGUCUUCAAAACGAGACAGCCCUCGACACGCCGCUGUGACACAUUCAGUUUUGUGGACUUUAAAGGAUCGAGACACAACUAUAGACUGUAUAAAACAUGGAUGUAGCUACAGUUUUGUCUCCUAUCGACAACAGUUUUGGAUUUUCAGUCGAUGUAAUGAAAGACCAAAACAGUUAAGUUGUCUUUUAGUGUCCUUGCUUUUCCCUCGGUGGUUAAGGCUAGAGUCACUUCAGCUUCACCUCAUCUUUUAGGAUAUGAGCUUGUGUCUUGGUUUGACUUUACCGGAAUCAUAUGUAUAGUCACUGACACCUGCUCUUUUCUCUGCUGCUCUAUCUGCCUUGACUUUCCGUGUAUGCACAUGCUCUCAGAAUAAAGCUGCCAAAUAUUCCUAAACUGUUGAAUUUAAAAGCCGAAGUGAUCCAUUCUGGCGUUUUAUUGAAGUAGCCGUUUCCAAGAAUAGAGAUAAAGUGCAGGAAAUCACUUUUCUUGAGAAUUUCUGUUCACAGAGGAAGUGAUUGAAUCGUAAUGGAACUGUAUCCUAUAAUCUGCGGAGGGUGAAUUACUUAAUCCAUCUCUUGCAUUCAGAGUUUCUUGGAAAGGCUUAGCUGUUGCAAUAAUACUCUUUAAGGAAAAGAAAUACAGGAUGACUGAUUGUUCAAUAUAUUUCACUGUGGUUGUCACCAGAGAGUCCAGCUUGGAGGCCUUCCAGGGAAGUGAAUCGAUUAGAUUUAAAUUCAUAUUGAUUUGCUCUUUUUUAUUUCGGUGUCUUGGGGAAAAGGGAGUGUUGAUUUCUGGUUGAGCAGGCUUUCUGUGGACGUGAGCAAAUUUAUUUCCUCAAAAGAAGGAAGUGCUCAAUAAAACGCCUGUAACUGAACAAGCCCUGGUGGAGAGUUUUCAGUGACUCAUCAGGUUUUUAUCAACACAUUGAAAGUGCUUUGACUGCUCCCCUGCGGUGGAGAAUGAGUUCUUGUUGCUCUGCAGGCUUUUGUUCUGGAUAAUGUCACUGAAUGAAGGGCAGUGCAGAGGGACACCGUAUCAACUUCCUGUUGACAGCUUUUGAUAAAAUCUGUAUUUUUCGUGUGCCUGGAACCGGCAGAAAUAUCACAGGAAGAGGGUUUGUUUCCUUUUUAACAUGGAGGGUGGAGAUGUGUCAAAGAAUUUUCUCAAGAGCUCGGAAACCUCGAUUGUGUAGUGUGUGGUUUUGUUUGCUUUCGACAGUUUCCGAUUGGUUAUCUCAAAACGACCACAACAAUUGGUCGUGCCACAGUAGAAGUCAGGAAAAAUCAAUAGACUGUUAAUAAUUGAUGAAUUUUAUAAAGAUUAUUGGCUCUCAUAAAACCAUCACGUCCCAUUAGAGUCACUUAUACACAGUCUUGGGAGUCCCCGAGCUCCAUCAGACCAUAGGUUCCUCUGGAUUGCUGCUGCAGACGCAUUUACCUCUAUCUCCUCACUGAACCCAUGAGUCUAACAUGAGUCUAGUUCUGCUGUUAAAGGGAUAUUCCGGUGUAAAAUUAAUUUACGGUCAAACACACCGCAACACUGAGUAAGACACCCCUCGGCCAGUCCAUCAGCGACUGUAGUGGGGUGACGCAGCUCAAGGAAGAACAUUUAUAAUAAUUUCUUUAUAAUUUUCUUGAAGUAUUAAUCACCAUAUUAAUCAUUUUGCACUGCAGAUGCGGUAGUUCUCCUGCCGUCUCGGUCUGAUAACAUUUCCAUGAAGAAAUGAUCAUAAAUGUUCUUCCUUGAGCUGUGUCACCCUGUCUCAGGCGAUGAUGGACUGGUCGAGGUCUCCCUACAAACAAGCGGCUGCUGGAAGAGAGUAGGUGAGUUGUGUUUGGUCUCUUUGUUAAAGAAAUUAGGCAAGGCUAAAAAGAUGUUUGGUGUCUAGUGCUGUGGCUGGGACCCUAUAUGUACUGUUGAUGAAGUUAGGUGCUGUUCUGAGCAUUAUUUGUGGCUAUAGAGUGGCGUUUUGGUUGAGGUUUGUUUAUGGCUUCUCAAACCGCUGUGUAUUGCUAUCGUGCGGUCAUUACUAAAGUUGGUAUAACUAGAGAAGCAAGCAGUCGGCAACAUUCAUCUCUCGAAGGGUUGUCUAACUCGGUGUUAAGGAGUUUAAAGGGAGUAACUCUAAUUUAGGGAUGCACCGAUCUGCUUUUUUCACUUCCGAUAUCGAUACAGAUAUCUACAGUUUAGUAUCGGCCAUUACCGAUCCAAUUCCAAUAGAGAAAAGCUGCGCUGAAUUACCUUUUGUUGGAACUUGAAGUUUUACCACCACCUCUCAGAACAUGUACUGCACAGGUAUUGCAAGUGGCUGUCAAGCUUGUGGGCUGAGGUAGUGUGAUAAAGUUCAAGAUAGCAGACCCCUUUACGUGCUCCAUUUUGAAAACAAUAUGGGCAUCCGCUCAGCGUGUUUACUUGUGGAUGCCACUCAUGGUGCAUAGCAUUGAGUUAGACUGAAUAGAUCGACCCCUAUGCAUCGGACGCAUUGUCAAGAUACCCGAUCUAGAAUUUUUCAAAUAUCGGAUCGGUGCAUCCCUACUCUAAAUGCUGAAAAGUGUUUCACUCAUGGUUGACGAUGGGAUGGGAGUGGGUCUGAUCCAACAGGAUGGGGUUCAGUCUUUUGGGGUCUUCGAAAACAGACCACUUGCAAGAAGUUAUUUUGCAGCAUAAAUUUCUGAAGCAUGUACUUAAUAUUCAAGCAGAGGACAUCAGGCCAACUGGCUCGUGAAGCUAUUCCUGCCCACUACAAUCUGUCAGAAUUAUCAAUCAAGAGAAACUGUCCAAAGUUUAACAUGACCCCCUUUUGAUGGUUACAUCUCCUCGUCUUGAGAUGCUUAAAGCAAAGCUGAGUCGCCCUGUUGUAUGGAUGUUUUGAUCUGUAGACAGAGAAAGAUCCAUGGGGUCUAGCUGUGAGGCUUACACCCAUAUAAUUGUGUUUGUGUUUUAUAAACAGCACAGUCCCAGGUGUGCUUGUUUAUUACCGUGCUGGAGAGGGCUGCAGUUUUGAAUGCGAGCGAGGAUGACUCUCGAAAUUAUAAAAAUGUUGUUGGUAGUUCAAGUGGAGCUAACAGCCAUGUGACACAUCUGGUCAAUCGCAGGCAAUGGUGUAUUAGUUCCAUUGUAAAUCCUGCAAAUGCUGCAACCAAAUGUGCCGUUUUUCUUAGUGAAAAGAUGCCGAUUUGAGUUUUAUUUGGAGCUUACUCACACCUUGUUAAACAGAGAGCCCACAGCAGAAGGCUGCCAUGCUAACAGAGCAUAUUGAGUAUUCAGCAGAGCACCAUCAGACACACUGACAGACAGAUUAGCGAGGGAACAGAGGUAGGCUGGAUAGAGAUUAAUCUGAAAUAAGCCAGUUCAGUUGGGGUGCAUGUGCGUCCACAUGUGCAUAGUGAAUGUUUUGUGUGAGGUAACGAGUGUGCUACUAUGAGCGUGCGAGUGUGUGUUUGUGUGUGUGUGUUUGUAUCCCUGCCAUGGCUUUGUCUGAGAUUAUCCGACCCAGCGGAAAGGCCGGAGAAUUCAGCAUUGUGAUAAUGAGCCUGAACCAGAAGCUUGGCCCGGAGCUUCAAUGUGUGGAUGGAUGCUGCUUGUGUCUUGUAUGUGUGCAGAUCUACCAUGUACAAACAGAGAGUAGAAAAAGAGGGCAGAGCUGAGACAGAGGAAGUGAAACCGGCGAACAGGCGAACAAGAGGAGCCAGCUGCACAACAAAUGAACAAUCAGAGUGACGACAACAUCGUGUCUGCACAGUCUGGUUGUCUGUAUGAAGUUGCUCUGUUUGCUCUGUGUGCAAUAGCCUCAUCUCAUCACAGAGGCUUGAUAUUAAGAUUUACAUUGGUAGCACUGAUAAGAGUGACGGGCAUCAGCCAAGGAUAUGAAGUACUGAGUAUCAGGGAUAAGGUAUGGGGUGAUACCUGAGUAUUAGGGUACUGGGAAUCAGACGUUGGGCGUUGGGUUUUGGUUAUAAAUAUCAGGUAUCUGGUAUAGGGUGUUGCACUCAAGGCAUUGAGUUUUGGGUAACGGUUAUUGGACUUUAGGGAAAAGCACAAGACAGUCAGUACGUUUACGAGACACUCGAGAAAACCGAAUAACUACCUUACUCCGAUUAAGACCGUACAACUGAAAUGCAUGUAAACACCUUAGUCCAACGAUUAUCGGAGUUUGAGAACUCUGAUAGGAGUCGGACAACCCUGGUUAAGACACCCAGAUAAUGCGAUUGGAAUUCAAUUUUCUUUACCAUGUAACCAGCGUAGUCGGACAAUCAUGUGUGUCAUGCCCAUGCCCCCAUCUGCAGAAAAAGUUGCGCGUACAUCACAUUGCAUGACAAAAACAACACUGUACGAUGUUCCAUCUUCUUGCUCCAAAAUGCUCAGCAGCAGCUGUAGCCACUUCUGACGUCUGGCACAGACCUGCUGUUGUUGUUGACGGUUGUAUGGGGUCGGAAACAGCGCAGCUGAAAAGACCCCUAGUUUUGGGAAGGAGGACACGUUCACGUCAAGAAUUCAAUUUUCUCAGCUGCAUGUAUAUGCAGGCAAGGAGAGAAGUCCGACUCGGCGAAAAAACGAAUUAUGAUCUUAGUCUGAUUAAGCUGUGGGUGUAAACGCAAUGACUGUGUGUAUUGGGUUUUAGGAGUCUGGUUUUGGGCAUAAGGCAUUGGACAUUUGGUUUUGAUAAUUAAUUUGGUCUGAGGGUUAGGGAUUAGGGUUAGGGUUUGGAUAAGGGGUUAGGGCUAGGGUAAGGGGUUAGGGUUUGGAUAAGGGGUUAGGGUUAGGUUUCCAAGUUUCCAAGGUAUCAAGCUUUGAGUAUAAGGUAUUUGAUAUAGAGUAUUGGAUAUUUUGUGUUGGGUUUUAAGUACCAGAUACUGGGUACUGUCAUUUUUUGUAAUUAUAACCAAUGCCACCAAUAAGCCCCUUCAAAAGAUCAACUGCCUUUUGGUGUAUUAUUAUACAUCUGGCAAACACCAGUAGUAAGGUGCAAAUACAGAGAGAGUAAUGUAAGUCCAGGCUUGUGAUAUGUCGUGCUAGUAUCACAAAGGUUAAUUAAUUCACUACUUAAGUCAAGGUAUCUGAAUCAAUAAGGAGAGGUGGUGUUUCAGCAGUCACGUUCUUUGAACCCAUAAUUACCAGUAUUGGAGUUCAUUCAGAGUGAAUGUAAAUCGAGCCCCCUCUCUCUUUGUACGCUCCCAAAUCUAAAGGCUUUAACGCCUCCUUUCAACUUUUAACUCCUGAUAGACCAGCUCACAGUAUGAAAGCCCGCUAUUAUUAAGCUUGGCGUGUGCAUGUAAUUACAGUCAUGGAGCUCUACUGAAUGAACUCCUGGCUUCAUGAGAUAAAGCCUCUUAUGGCAGGAGUGGCGACCUUAAAUAACAGGUCACAUCAUGUGAUUGAAUGGUACACUUACAGCUUAAGUCCAGGGCUCUUGAUACAGCCGCUGGUUGAUAUUGUCCAUGCCCUUGUGAAACCCACUGAGAGCCUCGAAUAAAAAAGCCUUUCAUACAGUCGAGCGUGUUUUUAGAUUUGGCUGAAUGAAGGGGAUAACUCUUUUUUUCAAAUAUUGCCUCAGUUUGUUCAUACAGAUGAGCAAAACAUAGAAAAACUGAAAAUGCCUGACUUUGCGUAAGUCUUUUACAUCUAAAUUCCAUUACAUCACACGUCCUGCUGCAAUAAUACCAUUCAGAAUAAGCCAGCCAACUAUCAGCAUUAUCUUUAAUAAGGUUAAAGCUCUUGUUUUGCUUUUGGAAGAGAUUUUGCUGUCGAGGAACGUAGUAACAAGGUACACAGAGUCGGGUUUUGCCAGCUCAAUUCCUGGAUCAUGGUAAUGAAUUGUAACAUUGUCCUCUUUGUAAACAGAUCUAUAGAUGUACACAUCCUCGCUGCUCAUUCCCACUUUCUUAUCCCACCCUGUAAUCAUGCACAUAUGGAUCAUUAUGUAACUCCUGAACUCAUUAUUGUGACCCAGAUUGCUCAUAGCAAAGAUUUCUAAUCUCUAAUAUGAGUCUGGAUAAAAGUUUAAUGGAUUUAGAUCCAUGUGGGUCAGUAGUAGCCCGUACCCCACAUUCAGCAUUUACAUUUAAUUAAAGGGAUUGGGUCUAAGUAUGAAGGUAUGAUCAGGUUCUUAUCCUUUACUCAUCUGGGUCUAAAGUGAUACAACAUUCAGGUUAUGCACUCUUUCAAGACAUGGAAGGAGUUCCUGUUGGUUCGACUUUCAUCAUAUACAAUAUGUUAAAUUAUUACCAUGUUCUGCUCUACUUUCUGAAUAAUUAAUGCAGUUGGCACCACUUUCACAAAUGUUGGCUCCUCAUUUCUUGGCAGAUCAUUAGAAUUUAUCUUCUUUGGAGAGAAGAUCUUGUGUUUAACUUUUAGAAAGAUUUCUGGAUCCAAUAAAAAGCAGAGCGAAAUGACUCAGCCAGUAUAUCUUCAAAAGAUGAGAGGCAAAUCCAAACUUGAUCAUUUGUUGGAAAAAGAAGAAACAUUAAGCGAUGACUUCUCUGACUGAGAUGUUGUUAAAGACAGGCGUCAAUGUCCCAGAAAGCUUGGUUUCCAACUGAAAAGGCAUGCUUUUACAGUGGAUGGUUUGGACUAGGGGUGUCCCGAUACAACUUUUUUAUUUCCGAUAUUGUAGACUUCAGUACUGGCUAUUACCGAUAUUGAUCCAAUAUUGGCACAACUUGUGCAUGGCAAGUCUUGCAACAUCUUUUUCAGACUUGAACGAAAAAUACUGCCACAUCACUCCUACUCCUUGCCACUUUGUUAGUACCUUAGUACACAAUGUUGUCGUGAUCACAUGGGCUUUUCAUGCUGAAUGCGGGUGCUGCUAGAUAGAGGUGCUGGUGCGGAGUCUGGAAUGGACUGCUUGUAUCAGAGUGCUGAUAUCAGAGAUUUUAGAUGCAGGUCGAUAUAAUCCGAUAUUCAUUUUUUGCUGAUAUUGGACCUGUAUCCAAUUUCAACAUUGGAUCGGGACAUCUCUUCUUUGGACAGUCUGUUGUAGCAUUAGCAAUGCUACAGUAAAUAAAAACAAUCAAACAUGAUUUUAGGACAAAACUUGCAUCCAAGAGCUCUUAUAGGCUUGAUUUUAUCAUUCAAGAAAAAAACAUAAAAAGGUUAUUUCUGCAUAGCUCCAAUCUGUCCAUGGCAAUGAACUCAAGAAUAAUUGUUUCAUGGGAUCAUGGUCCUGUAGAAAGUCAGAGAGCAGCCUCUGCGUGACAGUAAAACUGAAACCCACCAAAAUAUACGAACAGAUGCUCCACAGAUAAAACAGAAGUUGUUUUUGAACCAAGAAAUUACUGAGGUCUUUGCAUAAUCAUGACCUAAAUGCACCUGAACAAUCUCACCAAACUUGAAAAGUCAGCGUUCGUUUUAGGUAAAUCAGUUCCAGUAACAAGCAGUCGACUUUGCGCAAACAUGAACAAAGGAACUGUGAUUUAAUUGAAAAAUUCAAACCAUCUGCUCAACACUAGCCUUGUGUUGUUGCAGUGUUAAAUUUGUGACUGAAUGAAUGAAUCAUGUUGAAUCUGCUUGUUAUGUUUGGAGGUAGAUUUCUUUUGUUCAGCCCAAGAGUCUGUAAGUGCUGCCAAAAGACACAUCAACAGCCAUGAAGUGGUUUUAUAUUUCUUCAAAGGUGAUACCUGAAAACGGAGCGCUAUACCUGACUCUGCUUUGUUGUCUCACUGUACUCGAAAAAGUUGGCAAACAGUUAGAUUGGCCACAAAACAAAGCUCCAGGAUUCCUGGUCUCACUGCAGUUUUGGAGCAUCUUUGAAGUUUCUGAAUAAAUCAAGAAUAAUUGGAAAGAUGGAGAGAAAACACAUGGUGCUCCAGAAGAAGUGUGUGAGGGAGAUUAGCAUACUCAGAAUUAAUGUGAGGGAGUUUCAGAGUUGAACUGACGGAUGAGUCCCUGUGGCUCUCCUCUUUGUUUAUGUUAUUAAUCAGCUCAUUUGACCGGGACUUCACACGACGGCAUUCUUGAACUGGAUUAAAGUACAACUGCAGUGUAAACAGGACUUGUAACCAUGGCUGGUUGUCUCUUGUUAGGCUUUCAGAAAAGAGUCAGUAUGGAAUUUAAUAAGUUAUUAAGACAGAUUCUAUUAUCAAUUUUGCUUAUUGAUCGGUUUCUUUAACUCCAUAGCAUGGUAUUCACAGUUAGAUGUUGGCUUGUACAACAUACCACUUAUUUAAUUUCACAAAAACAAAACAGAAAUCCUAAUAAAUUCUACAUUACGAGAGCUUUCACUGUUUCUCUUUACUGUUGAUGAACUGUGCUAUCAUCUUGGAUUAUGACGUUGUUGUCAAGUCGUGGUUGGUGAGGAUCGUCCGACUUUCCAAGUCAGAAAUCCGUCUUCGGGGCAUUCCAGAUGAAUUUCCAACUCAGAGCUCGGAAAUCUCGACUUCUGAAUACAACUGGAACGCAGCAAGAAACUACACUGUAUCCCCAAAAUCAACACUUAUAUCAUCACAGACAACCUUCAUUUUGGAGGGACUGGAUCUGGACAAUCUCUGAGUUUAUUGCUUGAAAACUGCCGGUCUCACGAAAUGAGUGGAUUUUAUAGUAAGUGGGUACACCGUCCUGCUGAUGUUGUAAGCACAAUAAUGUUACGUUUUGGAGCGCUCCAGUCUUCUUGAUGCAUCAUGUCGUUGUUUUGCGAGGCACGUGGAACUGAGUGAAAUUGGUCUUAUAUUUCCAUCCCCAGAAAAAAGUCACGAUAAGGAAUAAAAGCCACUCAUUAAGGCAGACAUAGACAAUCAGCCUUCUGUAAGUGAGAGUUCACAGGUUAGCUUUGUUUUAGCUGCAGUUUUCCGGUUGAUUAAUGUUGUUAUUUCUGAUGUUAGCUGAUUCCUGUUAAUAGAUAAUGAAAUAAACAUUCAAAGGUUGUUGACAGUUCAGAGAAGGACAGCAUAAUCCUUGAACUGUUCAUGUAUCUUGUGUUGUUGUAGCUUUUGUACACACUUCACUCUCCUCUGAGUUAUGGGAAAGUGAUAUUUAACCAAACCCAGGGCCCUUUCAUCAGAAAGUCAUUCAUCACACUGAUUUGUGUUUAUUUUCCUGGGAGUGGAGGCUUAUUUGAAGAAAAGGUUUGUAUUCCCUCACUCAGGGACUCAAACAGCACAGUCUUGGUAUCACAGGAAAACCUAAAGGGAAAUAAUAUGUGUAGCUUGUAAGCCUAAACCACUCUAACGCCCUCAUUCUGACACUGAGAUGCCGUGGAAACCGCACAGGGUACUCUAUAAUGUAAUUCUAUUGUGAAGGGAAAUUGGAUAGAGCAUUUGAUUUGCCAGCAUUCUAACUCGAUAAACAAAUGAUUUAAAGGCCAUCUCUAUUAGUUUGACUCAAGGCUCUUAAUACUAUCAAAGCUGCCAGUUGUCUGUUUUCAUUCCCUGUAAUCCUAUUUUUAAAAGUUUUUACAAGCAAUUGCAAAACAAAGGAGUUACAAAGCAGUCGUAGGCAGAACAAUAUUGAUUAUUUAAUGGUUUUAGGUUUAGUAAGCAGAGGAUACAGCAGGGCUUUCCACAAACAUGUGGCGUAAUCAGCCAGUGGAGAAAAAAGGCCAGCAGGAGGAGGUCCCUGCAGAGACGUUUUGACCAUACGACCCCAAAUUUGGUAGCUUUUUUGUACAUUUCUUGACCACUACUGUACAGAUUUUUACUCUUACAUGUGUGUCAUGAAUGGGAUUAAUUUCAGUGGAGCAUUAGGACCAGUUCUAGCCUGUCAAAAUGAGAGUCUAAGCAUCCCGGUGUAUACAUAUGAAACCUCUACAUAACCAUAAAAAAAAACCAAACAAAACGCUCCCGGUGUGAAAGAACCUUAACUCUUACCUGGAGCUGCAACUUCCUCAUGCUCCCAAACUUUGUUUCAUGUUAAUCCGAGCUACUUAUGAUGAGGCGAAAGUGAGAGCUGUUAGAGGGGAGGGUUUGUACCACAGCCUGCUGUUCUCCUUGCCUUCUGAUCUCUUUUCUCCGGCUCUAUCCAUCUUUAGGGCAUGCUGCUCUGUAUGUGUGCAUGCUCCCUGUACAUCAAUAUCACUCGUGCAGAAUUGAACGAUUGCAUUCCUAAAUUAUUCUUCCUCACACUCCGGUUUUUCCCUCCUGUUUCACCCUCUGGUGAUCCAGUGUGUGUGUGUUUUUGUGCAGUUUGACCUUUAGUGACUCUCCCCUCCUCCCUCUUUCUCUCUCAGGUGUUGUGAAGACGGGAGGUGUGCGCUUCUCAGAGGAACCCCCCGCUGCCGGAGCCCCCUCACAUGUCCACUUUGACGAGAAGCUGCACGACUCCGUCGUCAUGGUGACUCCAGAGGAUGACGGCAACUUCAUGGUCAAGGUGUGUUUCAUUUCUCAGCAAACUGGCACUUGAUUGUUGUUGAUGACAAUGUGUCCUCUUCUGUUUUGUUCCCUGAGACGGUUCGACCACUUUUACCUCCGACCUCUUCGCUGUUACUCUCAAUUUUAUUCAAACUCAGCUCUUGUGAGUCUAUUUCUGAUUCCCACUGUGGGUAUGACCUUGAACCAUCCUCACCUCCCUCCCUCCCUCUGUCUUGUCCUCCAUCACAGCACAGUCACGUCCUGCAGUCCGUCCGCUCUGACAUACUAAGAGCAAACAGGACAAACGUUUCUGACUGGCAGACACAGGCUGAGAUAAUUCGUUUUAUACCCUUCUUAUUUCUAUUCCUGUCUCGCAGUAAUGAGAUUUGUCAAAUCAAGAAAGAUGAUAAUAAUCAGAGGUUGAGAUUAUCGUACCGUAAAUCACUAUUUCAAACUGGAAGCAAUCUCAAAAUCUGACAACGUGCAGUUAGGGACGAACAACUCCUGGCAAAGUCUUUCUUCUCUAUGUCCUGCAUUAACAUUCCAGUUAGCAGCUUGGGGAGUGACCGUGUGUUCAGAGAAGAAGCAAAGCAACUUUUCCCCUCUGGAAAUAAAACACUAUUAUCUUUCUCUUUCUGCCCCCCAGUAGAUUUCAAUCUCGAUUGAGACUUUGGUUCCUUACGAUCAUAAAACGAUGAUAAUUGAGACUGAACGAUAAUGUGCUGCCUGCUGUUUAAAGUCCCAAUUUAAUGAAUCAAUAAAGUAAAAAUGUUUUCAGUUAUAUAAGAAAGAUUUCUAAGGACACUGUAGAAAAGCAGCAGAUCGAAACCUUCCCUUUUCCUUCCUUAUUAAGAGCAGUCACGAGCCAGCGCUAGUAAAAAUAAGCCCAGUGUUUAUUGGACUUCUUUAUCAGGAGGGAAGUGAUUUAUGGAUAUUAAUAAAAGGGGACAUUAUCUGAUGUGUAUAAAAGACCCUUUUACUUCGAGUUAAAACCAGAAAUGUGACAUGUUCUUGUCUAAAAGCAGCACAUGUUCCCAGCCUCAUGAUUAAGCAUGGAUCCUUUUAGCUUCAGAGAGCUGCAAUAAAAUACUGGUCGUGUUUGGAGGCACUUGGAUAAUGAUUGGGUUUCUUCCUCGUAAGCUCAUUUUUCAGAUGACUUCUCCUCAUCUCUCCUUGGAUCUUAAACGCUCUCCUUUUCUCCCCGGCCAAAAGACAUUUAGUCUCCAUCUGCUCCAUGGGCGCCAUGCACUACAGAUAUUCAGCUAGGUCCAAGUUAAUUGUUGAGUCAGGGUAAUAAUAUCUCUGAGGAUUAGGUGUGGGCGAGGCUUCGUGAUACAGCAGGAUUUUAUUACUGAAUAUUAGGAGGAUGAAUACCUAUUUCUCCUACUGUGUGAAUAUCUGAUGUUUUAAUAUCACAAAUGAUGAACUAAGGCCUUGACACUAAGUCAGAGUAAAAUAAAAGCUCAAAUUGUGCUGGAAAGCAGGACACCAGAGCAAAAAAGGAAGAAUGUUUGGGGGCAUCACCUAUCUAGCUAAACCUCACAAUGAAUUAGACUCACAAUGAAAACUCAGACAAAUUUAAAGUUAUGUUUGCAAAAAGGAGUAGAAAUAUGUUUAAACUUAUUUAACUCUGUUCCCUUAUUCUCCAGUUAUUGACUUUCAGGAAUCCAAAACUUGUCUCACUCAUGCUAUCACUCUUAUUGUUGUUGUGUUGAACCAAAACCAGCAUCAUUUUUAUGCACUUUUAUUUCCACUUCUAAUUAUACAAUAGCAUGAAACAAGCAUAUUUGUCCACUCUUAUUUUGAUGUUCAAAAUUUAACAAAUACCCUUUCGCUAAAUUUACAACGGAAAAAAAAAAUGAAAUUAAUUUGCGACUAAUCGUGAGUUAACUACAAGCUAUCAUGCGAUUAUUCGGGAUUUAAAAUGAGCUUUUUCACAGCCCUAUUUGAAGAUAAUGGGCUCUAUUUUCAUGCCUCGCUGGCGGCGUGGCAUAGGCGCGGCAUGUGCUGACUUAGAAUAUUGUUUGUUGUUGAUUAUUUAUUGUACUGAAAUGUGUCUGACACUGUGGAAACCUGCCAGUGAGGCAUCAGUGACGUAUACACACUACGUCGCUGGUCUACCAAAAUACCACAAGACCAGCUGCACUCCGCCUGCGCUGAAAGCUGACCAGGUUUGAAUCGGCGAGCUUUCAGCGCACUUUCUAUGCCACUGGCGGGCACGAAAAUGUCACUGCGCCAGCUGAUUCUGUCGACACCUGCCCUUGCCACGCCACCCCGCCCAGCUUGGCGGACCUCGGUCUGCGAAAAUACCAAACUGGCUGUGCACCGGGCUCCACCUAACCAACCAACACAGUCAUUGGUGUAGAGAAUAAAAAGGCUGUGGUCCCAGAAUUGACCCCUGGGGGACCCCACAAGAAACAUCCAACAUUCAGAUCCCAUCUUUAUGAAUCAUUGCCUGUUUUUUAGAUAACUUCUGAAGUCAAGUUCUCACUGUGCUGGGACGCUAUGCUGUAAAUAAAUUUGCAAUUUAAUCCGUGUAAUGGUAGCCAUCUUAUCCAAGUAACAGUAACAAGGAUUCAGUGAGGUUCAUGGCCCUUACUUAGGUAGAGUUCAGCUUUUUGAUACAUAACUUCAUCCUUAUUUGGGAGACUAACAACACAACCUCCAACAAAUUGCAUCUCUAUUUCUCUCUGGUUCAAUAAUUCCUGUAACUGGUUGAAAUUUGGGGCUUAUUUCUCCUUAAGGCCAUUUUUUAGUGGUAGUUAUAGUAACAGGAGAUAACUCUGAGAACAAGUGGAGCAAAGCCUUCAGUCUUACAAGCAUUUAUGGGAUUUUUUCCCGUAUAUCAUUCAGGGGGAGAUUAAAGUCUUUUCUCGUCACUGUUUAUCUCCUCUGAAGGCUCUAAAAGUGCACAACAAUGAUAUCUGAACUCUUAUCCUUUCCCUGCUGUCAGCUCUGAAAUCUGCAGAUGCUUCAUUCAGGAGUCAAGCAGCAGAUACAAGAGAGGCUCAGAAGCCACAAAAAUGACUGGAAACAGUUUCUCAUGUGUCCAAAUUUGACUAUCGGUGACAGUGACAUGAUCGCUGAGAUUUCUUUUUUUCACAGCACUUUUAAUCCUGUCUUGGUCUUAAAGCAUGUCUUUGCUCUUUCUUUUUGAUUCGGUCCUGUGUGAACAGAACACAGCCUCCGCAGCACCUUAAUUAGCUGUGAAAAUAUGGAGAGAAACAUGAGUGAGACUUUGCCGCAAAGAUCCUCAGAGCAAAGGACAUGAAAGUUAUCAUCAAAGGCCCGACUCUCCUUUAGGGACGACACUUCUACACAGAAACAUUUUGAAACAGGACUGAUUUUUUUUUUUAGCUUUAUCACCUUUUUUUUUACAACGGACAGAUGAAGAGAAACUUUAACCAUUAGCAGGAGAGAGCAAGGAAGGCAUGCAGCAAAGAGUCUAAUCCUUGUAGCGAGGACUCAUGAAUGUUGUUCGUGAUCAGCUAACAUAGUGUAUUUAUAAGGUAAACAUAUUAUGGGCACCACGGGUUAUCAGUGGGUGAUGGUGGUAGUGGUGGGGGAGUGGCUGUAACCCUUGCCGCUCAAGGAGCUACGCUGUUGCGUUCAUGUUACAUUGCGUUACCCGCGCUACUCGCUGUAUAGACUGUGUAUAAGCACGGUUACCCUUCGCAUUAACGGAAGAGGGUCCGACAGGAUUCGACAACCAAGUCGAAAUUAACUUCGUGUUGUUGUACUCACACAGUGUGAGUAGAAAUCAUUAGUGGCGCAUUGAUAUUAAUGAUCAUGUGAAAUUUCAGUAGUGGCGCACGUGAUUCAGCGGUGGAAGUGCGCCACAGCUGAAUGAAUGUAGGGGAAACACUGCUCAUUAUGCAUAAAACAUAAAGACCUCUAAAGACCAGUUAAAGUCAAUAGAAACCAGUAUGGGAACUGUGGUUGCAGUGAGUGGCUGCAGCUAUAUGCGAUCCACUUGUUUCCUCUGAUCCACAAAGGUCCUGGAGCAGUCACCAAGUCUCCAGUAUGUGGACAUGGACUAACAGCUACACACCUGCACCACGAGGAAACUCAGGAUCUCUCAUAGGGCCUGACCGAUCUAUUGGCGAGCCUAUUUGAGACUAACCGGUAAUUGGCCAAAACUAGCCGAUUUUUGCCGAUAUUUUCAUACAUAAAAUGCAGAGUAUAAGAUUCAGAUUCACUUCGAACAUGUUCCGCUAUUUGAAAAGAUCCCCAACUUAUCCUGUAGAUGGCGCAGCUUUUCUGGUCUGAGUUUGAUCAGUCAGUGUCCGGCCCUAAUCACUCAUACCCACCAGUCAAGACAGAAGUUUUUGUUGUUUUUAAAACCUGAAGACAUGACUCAUUACUCAGCGCACUUUGCAAACAUUUAGAGCAUGGUAUUAGUUUGUGCAACCACAAAGUCAACAAUACAUCAGCUAAUAGCCCAGCUAAUUACCCUGUACACAUCUAAUUGGUAUUUAAUGCUAAUCUGUCAUUUGUUUUGCCAAUGUUGCCACUUUGCUGCUGGUCUCCCUGCCUCCAAGAACAGAGUCUUCCCACCACAUGCAGCUCACUGCGGGCAGCCUUUCACAUGACACAGCACUAAUUAUCGAGUUCAGCACACACUGUCCUCAACCGAGCCUCUCCAAACUUUGAAACAAAUUCCCCCGCCAAAUUAAUUUUCAGUGAAUAACUUCCGUUUGCGCUCUUAAGUAGCCGGUCUUCAAACUUGGCCGUCCUCAGUCACAGAGCAGCUCGUCCGUGUGAGCUCUCGAAGUGUGCCUGAGAGUGGGCACGCAGCACUGUCAGCCCGCUCGUGCCUCAUCAUGGAGCACAAGAAGAGGGGAGGGGGUUGGCGUUGCUAUGGAAAUAUCAGAGGGGUGUGGGCGUGGGGGGUGCAGUCCUGGCAGAUGGACCAAAGCUGUGAUAGGAGUGUGUGGGAUGGAGGCUGUCUGCACACUACAGCUGUAUGAAUAUCACUUUUAAUGGAGGCUUUUUGAUUUCCACAAGCUGUGUGGACAUAAUAAUGCAUAAUCCUGUUAAGUUUUCAGUGUUUCCUCUGGUGUCUGAUUAUGACGGUGUGGCAGGGUAUGGAAAUGAGCAUCUGUCAGCGCCGUAGAGAUCAUCUGAGGAAGUGCUGCUGCAAUUUCUGAAUCUCCAAUUCAGUUUCCGAACUUUCUUUUCUGUAUCCUCAUUAACUACAAUCACAUUACUCUGAACAAACAGAUGAAAGGAUAUACUGUUGCCGCUGAGAAGCUGGGGGAAAUUAAAGCAGCAAUAGAGGUAAUUAUUUGUGGAUUAAAGCAGCAGGAAUCAAUAUGUUUAUAUCAACAAUUGAUUGAAUAGCAGGGAGUUAUCGAUUGAUUCAGCUCUCUUACCCGGAGUUUUACUGAAUGUUUAACAUCUUUCUUUUGUCCUUUGAGUCUUCUGGUCUGUUUCUAGAAAACAAUUUUGGAUAAAAACAACUUUUGUCCAAAGAAUUAACCACUUGUAUGCAUCUGUUGUAUUUUGUAUUUAUGACAGUAGUACAUAUACAUACAUAUACAGUAUGUAUGACACUGGUAGGAUGAGGCACAGCAUCAAAGGACUAGCCAGCGUCAAGGUGGAUAUUAUCAAGGUCAUCAUGUGAAGCACCACAGGAGUUCAUGAAGACCAAAAAUAAGCUAAAAGGAGGGUGAAAUUGAGAAUUUAAAGGGAUAUUCCGGCUUAAAAUUAAUUUAGGGUCAAACACACCGUAACACAGAGUUAGACACUCCCUGAUGAAAUGAAUGUUGCUGGCCACUUGUUUCUCUAGUUAUAUCAACUUUAGUAAUGACCGCAUGAUAGCAAUACACAGCGGUCUGAGGAGCCAUGAACAAACCUCAACCAAAACGCCACUCUAUAGCCACAAAUAAUGCUCAGAACAGCACGUAACUUCAUCAACAGUACAUAUAGGGUCUUAGCCAUAGUGCUAGCCACCAAACAUCUUUUUAGCUUUUCCUGAUUUCUUUACCAAAGACACUAAACACAACUCACCUCUUCCAGCGGCCACUUGUUUGUAGCGAGACCUCGGGCCAGUCCAUUACUGCAGCGGGGGGAUGCAGCUCAAGGAAGAACAUUUAUGAUCAUUUCCAUAUCAUUUCCUUGAAGUAAUAUUGAAGCUAUAAUCACCAUAUUAAUCAUUUUGCACUGCAGACACGGUAGUUCUUCUGCCUUAGCGUCACGGUCUGAUUGCAUUUCCAUGAAAAAAUUAUCAUAAAUGUUCUUCCUUGAGCUGCGAAACUCCGCUGUAGUCUGUAAUGGACCGGCCCGAGGUCUCGCUACAAACAAGCGGCUGUGUAUUGCUAUUGUGCAGUUGUUACUAAAGUUGGUAUAACUAGAGAAGCAAACAGUCGACAACAUUCAUCUCUCGAGGGGUUGUCUAACUCUGUGUUGUGGUGUGUUUGACCCUAAACAAAUUUUACACUGGAAUAUCCCGUCAAGUUUUGAUUAAGACCAGAUUAUUGGAGCCAAUAUUAAAGAUUUGGCCCAUUAUCCGUAUCUGUUUUUUGACAGAUGGUCUGCAAAGUUAAUCUCCACAAUCCCUCCUUAAGUCUGAAGGUGAUAAGUGUUUCAUGUUCAUAGAUACUGUCUGAAUUGUUUUGGUUAACUGGUUGGCCAAGUUCAUAAAUCUGUAGUUUUCUCUCAUCAGCUGGAGGAGGAAAAGCUCCAUUGUUUUGAGUCGUUUGUGUGUCUGCGUGUGUCGAGCUCUCAGUGUUGCACAUUUAGAGACGGCAUAAUGCUGCCACCCUGUUCUGUGCAGAAGAGCAAUGAUGAAGAGCUGCUUUGAUUUGCUCUUUGACUAUAAUGCCUCACAUUUGUUGUCAUUUUUUCCCCUCUAUUUCUCAGGAUUUUCAAACUCGUCUUUUCGUCCAAUCUCGCAGAGUGGAAUUCACACUAAAUCACAUUUUCAGAGACAGUUGAUGAACUCUGGACAUGCGUGGGACUCUGCUCACAGAACGGUUAUUGUUUUUCUCCGCAGCUCUCCUCCACUCCUCCCUCUCUCGCCUCACUCCAUGCUGUUUGCAGCUCGGCUCUGCCCGCUGCUUUAACACGGGGUCGUGUGGGGCUGAGGCUGCUGUGUGCAGCUCUAGCUGGAGGGGCUUUAGGCUUAUCUCUCUUUGCCUGCUCUUCCCUGUGGUCUUGGUCUCUCUCUGUCGCUCUCUCUCUUUGUACCUGUCUCCUCUGUGCGGCUUCCCUCUCUCUGUAUGGAUCCCCUCAUGAAUUUUUCUCUUUGCUUUAAUAUGAGAACUGCUUCCUCCACAUCAAUCUCGUCUCUGUCUCUUUUACUCCUACCUCACAGUGUCCCUUCAAAUCCUCUACUUAUAGGUAACAUGAAUCGACAAACUGUGAAUCGAGCUGUUUGCAGUUGGAGCAUGAUAAGAGUGUUACAUCUGGUUACAUCAGUUGUUGAUGCAAACUGAUGUUUACCUCUUUAUUCAGUUAAACCUAAAAUUAAUUUGACACCCGAGAAAUGCAGCUGAUUGAUUUCACCUGUGAACAAGUUACUCGCAGAUCAGGAAACAUGGAAGAUUAAAAUAAGGAAGCAAUGUGCCAAAGGAAAGACGGUGAGGUGAUGUAGUAAAAAUGGAACGGCCCAUUCAGCUGCAGAUGUUAUUAAUGAGUAUAAUGGAUCGGCAUUAUUGACCAAAGCCUCUAAAAAUAAAAUUAAUAUUUCCAACAAUUUCAUAUCUAAUAUUACAUCAUUUGUGAAAUAAAGUUGCACAAAAGUAUUAUCACAUAGGGGUAUAAACAUAAUAGUGUCCAUAAUAUGAAAGUAAUGCUGCUCAUGAUAGUUUGUUGUGUCCUUUAUAAACCUUUAACCAUCUUCAUGGUGUUUAUAGUAUUUUUUACUAAUCUAUAAUAGAAGAGAUUGUUGAGAAAUCUCUUUUAAAUGUUAUAUUCCAGGUAAAAAUACUGUUUCUAAGAGAGAGUUUGGUCCGUACAGUCUUGACAUUGAAAAGGUCUUUUUUUUACCCCAAGGCUGUUGAGCAGCUGCUCAGAGGAAAACAUGAAAAAAUCUGCCCAUUUAAGGUGACAUCAUGAGGACAGGAUGCUAAAAUAUGUGGACUUGCGCGGUUGAGAACUGUAUCUGGAAGUAACAAGUAAUCAACAGGUAGCGGGGACAAGUCGUUGCAUUUGUUAUUGAUCGUCUUAUUGCUUCAGGUCUAGCUCUGGAGAUGUGACGGAUUAGUAUUGUGCAGGGAAACACUGUAAAUCACCAGCACACAGAAGCUAACCAGAGGGGCUGCUAGCCAAGCUUCCUUUUAGGUCUGGAGUCCUUCAGUGUCCCUUAUUCAUGAGGUUUGAACCGGGUCCAAAUCAUUCCCAUAAUUCUCUGUUGCCUGUUUGAAACUUGACCCAGUCAGUGGAGCUGAUAAAAAGUUGCAGUUUCAGCUUUAAAUGUUCUCUGGGUGGUGGGGAGGCUGCAAGCUGAGCCACUCCGAGCAUGAUGACAUGUUUUUACUGUUUUAAUCAGCAGAAAUUGUUUAUAUCCGCAGAAGACGUUGGAUAUAAACGAUUUCUGCUGACUUUGCGAAGUCAGCUGCAGAAUUAACGGUGUUCUGAAUGAAGGGCGCUUUGAAAAGUCCCGCAGCAUGUGUUAGACGUCACCAUCUACACAUGGACCAAUCAGGGGCUGCCUUUCUCUGUUGACAGUAAAAACACAGUCACUGAUUGGCCCAGUUAUUUUCUGAUUUCUAAUACAUGCUCCCAAUUGGCCGAAGUCCAGACUGGGAAGGAACAGCAAGUGAUUCACGCAACUGGAUGGCCCAGCCAGGCUAGUCCCCGUGGUGUUGGGUGUGUAUAUUGUAUAUAUGUAGAAACUUUCUGUCUGGUGUCAGGUGUUGCUGGAUGGAAAAGCACACAGUUUUUCGGCCGCUACGGGCUACGUCACUUUGGAUGUUGUUUUUGGUGAUACAGUCAUGGACUGCAAAUGGAAAACAAGUCAAAUGGUGAGCAAUACAGAACGCAGCAAAGGAGAAGGUAAUCCGGAGUCAUAUUUCACAACCCACAAUAAUCAAGUGCGGUAGCCAGCGCGUCAAUUACUUAGCAUUAGCUAAGUAGCUUUAAGUUUUGGGCUUAGCCGCUACAGCUCCUAUGUUACCUGCCACUUCUACUACACCAGCGAUGUUAGGCUACAAGCUAACGAGUCAGAGGCGAAUUGCUAAUGAUCUACUGGAGCUCUGCAGAAGAAAAGUCCUUGAAAAUGAUACAGGUGACGCGAUUUUUGGUAAAAACUUCAUUAUCACAAUUUAAAGACCACUGAUAAUACUUUAAGUGGUAAAAAAAAAAAGAUCGGAUGGGGGCUUUAAACUGUAUAGUCUAUCUGUUGAGAGUCCGGAAGGAUUAAUCAUGGACAUGGAUUUCUUUCUGAUUCCCUCCGUUCUACCUAAAUGUUCUCCGUCAUCUGGACUCCGGUCUCGACCUGUGUUUUAGCGGUCAAGCCCCGUAGAGUCUCUACGACAGCCUCCAAACUGAAGUAGAUGGUGUAACCACAAAUAGGAUUAAGCCCUUGAAUUCCAUACUAAUCUGUCUACGUGGGAUUAGUAUUAUUGAAAAAACUGUAUCAAAUCCAGAAGGUGAAUCAGGUUUAUUUCCCUUCAGGCUUAAAUUGCCAGCCUGGCAGAGGUGAAAGGGUUUAUAAAGCCCCAACAAUAAGUCAUGAUUUCAAUUUAGGAAUCCCUUCAAGGAGAACUGGGCCCACCAGUGCAGCGCUUUAAAGAACUACUUAUCAUAAAACUUAAUCCUUGUUUAUUGAGCUGUAAUGGACUUACUGUACAAUUGAGGUCAAGCCAAAUGCAUGUUCCCCGCUGUCUAAAUCCCCCUCUCCAUUAUUCUCUGUAACUUACCCCUCUGCCCCCUUCUUACAGUUGGAUAACUCCAAGUUUGUGCAGUGAAGACAGACAGCCUUUGUUUGAGAUUUUUCUUGAGAUAUUUCCCUGAAGCUUUGCUGUUUUUCUCUCUCUCUCGCUCUCUCUCUCUGUAGGUCGGCUUCUUAAAGACGCAGCACAGGUAUGAAAUAGUCUUCAACUUGCCUGAAGUCCCAGCUCUUGGAAAGGAUGUGUGUCCAGCGCCGGUACCAAGUCCUCACCUCCGAAUCACUGAUAUCACGCCUGCACCGGAGGGUAAGCUCAGGACGAGACAGAUGACGAAAGCAUGAGGAAAUAAAAGCCAGGGGCGGCAAUAAACGAGCCCCCUUUUGUUAUGACACCACUUUCAUUUUACUGUGAUUACUGAUGGCUGCCAGCAUCGCCGCUCUCUGCUGCUCAGAGCUGCACUCCGAGCUCUCAUCCUGACGGCGCCAAAUUCAAUUUACUGAACAUGAGACACUGGAUGAGGAGGGAAAGGCUUUAUCAUUUGAAUGUGGAGUCCACUUGUGAGAGAAAGUGACAAAUUUCACAGUUCAUAAGCAGCUUUCUUCCUGGAGCGAGUAAACAGAGUAAAUAGAAAUUCUUUUGUGCAUAAUGGCGCUAUAACCGAGCGCUCAGGGUUCGCCUAACUGGAUCAGCUCAAUAAGAAAAUGAUAAAUGGGACUCCAAAGUGAAGCUGCAGCCAUGGCCCUGAACUAUAUAUGUAGAAGAUUUCAAUAUUAAUCUCUUUCAAACUUUGAAAAACACCUUCUUGUCUUUGUCUCGAUGAGAAAAUAACACUUAAGCAGAGGCAGGACAGAGAUCUUGAAUGUGUGUGAGUCUAUUCCUGACUCUCACUCACCGUUAAACCAGGUGAUCCAGGCCAAAGGUGAACCUCUAAUGUUUCUGGGAGCAGAGCCAACUACGUGUCUGUAACUGAAGCAGAUUACUGACCUUUACUUUGAGCUCAGCUGUGUUUCUUUGUCAGCUGAUGGGGACUGGACCAGAUAUUCGUGACUGUUAGCUCAUCAGUCAGCUUUUUAUCCUGUUGUCAUUUUUCUGUGGAUGGUAGGAUUAUUGUUUUAAGAUCCGAACGAGUCACGCAGAGACACAGACUGAGUGUGUUUGCAUCAGACGAUAAAGAGGAAAUCCUCCUUUGUGUGUUUUUCUGUGUGUGUGUUUCAGGAGGGCUGAAGGUGACAUGUGAGUACAUGGCGCAGCAGGAGGGAGUCCUGUGUGAGGAGGUGCUGCUGCUGAGCGAGACCAACGAGGACGUCUGUGUGAAGGUCAAAGUUCACGCCAGAGUCAUGGGUGAGGUUACUUCACAAAUGUCGAAGUGAUACUAAUCAAAUGUUUCUGUACCUCUGUAUGUUAGUUUACACUGUAACACAGUCUGGUCGGUAGAGGAGGUAUGCACUGUUGGGAAGGAGCUGACAGUGUGACCCCAAACAAAACAAGGCAGGGUUCCAGGUGAUCCCUAAAGAGGCCCAGAAGUUUAAAGUUUAAGUUUGAACAUUUAAGUCCAUAAAGAGGUCAUGAAUUUAAGCUGCUCCUUUUAAUGAGAAAUAUUUUAAAGCUAAAUCAAAUCUACACGCCUCAGUUAUUACAUGAUAUUAUGUCCUUGUUUGUGAGUAUUUCCUUCAUUCAUUCAAAUAUUUCUUAUAUAAUAAAGUGCUGAUUUAGGCAGCUGUUUAAAAUGUAAUCUUAGUCUUUGGACAAAAAUGACUGAGUUUUGGUCAAAUUUUAGUCAUUGUUCCCCCUUGUCCCCAUUGUUUUAAGGUGGUUUUGAUCAAGAAAGGUCAAAACAUUGUAGUCUAGUAUGAGCCAUUGAAAAGUCGCUAAAAUAAGUUUAUACAAGGCCAAACAUUUUAGUCUAGUUUAAGUUAAGAAAAAUGUUUUAGUCUACUUUAAGUCAAAGAAAAGUUCAAAUGUUUUAAUCUAGUUUAAGUAAAAAAAGUUAGAAUGUUGUAGUCUAGUUUAAGUUAAAAAAGUAAAAAUGUUUUAGUCUAGUUUAAGUCAAAGAAAAGUAAAAAUGUUUUAGUCUAGUUUAAGUCAAUCAAAGUUCAAAUGUUGUAGUCUUGUUUACGUAAAAAAAUAAAAAAUCUUUUAGUCUAGUUUAAGUAAAAAAAAGUUAAAUGGUUUAGUCUAUUUUAAGUUAAAAAAAGUUGAAAUGUAGCAUUUUUUAAGUCAAAGAAAACUUAAAAUGUUGUAGCUGUUUAAGUCAAAGUCAAAAUGUUUGUCUUGUUUAAGUCAAAGAAAACUUAAAAUUUUUUAGUCUAGUUUAAGUUAAAAAAAAUUCAAAAUGUAGUUUUGUUCAAGUCAAAGUUAAAAUGUUUAGUCUAUUUUAAGUCAAAUUAAAGUUAACGUUUUUUAGUCUAGUCCAAGUCAAAGAAAAGUAAAAAUGUUAUAGAGGAUUUUAGUCCACAAAAAGUCAAAACAUUUUAGUGUGGUUCAUGUUUAGGAAAAGUCCAAAUGUUUAAGUCUAGUUCAGUCCACAAAAACUCUAGUUUGGAUUUAAAACUAAAUAGCAUUAAUAUUUUUGACAUCGAGUGUACUUUUAAUAAGACUCUGCUGGGCAGAAAGUAGUGUGAUUUUUCCUUGUUCUGGUCUAAAAUGGUCGUAAAAUGUCUAAAAUUAAAUUUGAAACAGUUUGUAGGAACCUUAAAUUUGUUUAUUUUCAAAUUUUACUCGUGUUAAAUUUCUAGAAAAUCAAAUUGACUCUCCUGUUAAGCUUUGAACAGAAAGUACACAAAUAAGGAGGAAACAGGCAAACAUUAACAUAUAUUUAUCUAUAUCUAUGCAAACUGUACGCUAAAGUCGAAAAUUAGACAGCACAUGAAAGAAACUAUAAACUGAUUCAGUUCAAUUGUUAAAUCUGAAAGCUCCCAGUCUGUUAUAAAUCUGUCUACUCUCAAAGUCACUCUGCUUUUGAAAACACGUACAUUAACAGGUUUAUAUAAACCUUCACAGGAUUUGGUGCAGAUCCAAUGUGCCUCUGGGUGUGUAAACACUUUUUUUUCCACAUGCAUAAAUGAAGCCAUAUUUUCAGCUCAGACUCCCCACACUUGGUGUGUGGAUGAAUAACAGACCCUCGUCUUCUCUCUCUAUGGUGAUAUAAGGAUACAGCCUCAUCAUAACAAUAACAGCCUUGGGUUCUAUUGGCACUUGAGAGGGUUAGUUCAAAUAAGAGGAAAAACAUCUUACUCUCUGUCGCACCGAUGAAGCAGAACAUGUCAAGGUUGAACAUGUCAAAGUCAACACACAACAAAAAAAAAAUUAGUGCAGACUUAAAGGGAAGUUUCACCAUUUUUUAUUUGCCUUCUUUCUGUCCAGGUGACGGAUGUAGUGUGUAAAAAAAAAAAAAAUAAAUGGAAAAUGGACUACAGGCAGAUUUAGUGCAAAAGAUUGAAUUAUGGCUAUACAUAAAGUCUGAAGUCCUUUCUCUCUAAUCGACACAAAGUUUCUCAUAACCACUUCUUGUUUUUUAUUGAGAGCUCACAGAUAGAAGGAAAGUGCCGUCUAACUUUUCUCCCGUGUGUGCUGCUGCCACCUGCUGGUGAAUCUGUGCUCACUUGUAUUUUCAGCAAGCACUGCGUUUACCACUGACAGUCCUCCAAAUCUGUGCAGCUAAAUGUUUGCUUAUGCAUGUUUCACACUUUAAUGGUGCAUUUUUAGGGUUUGAGGACAGACUGGAGGUUCUUUUGAGGGAACUUGACUUGAUUGAGGAUUCCCUUUUACUCAGUGUUAAAGUAACAAUACAGCGCUCUACAUUCCUCUGCUCUGUGAUAUAAUAAAGCUGUAUGAGGCAGAGAGGAGCCUGAGACUGAUUUGCAUUUCCUCCGUGGAGACGCUGGUUUUUGUUCCAACAGAUGGAGAAUUAGGUAAAGGGGGCGUUUGUGUCUCUUUAUCUGUGCCGGCUUAAAUAUAGACCGUGCAUGUUUGAGGAUGAAAGGUGGGCGUGUGUUGCUGAGUCUGUUUCUAUUUUUACUCUCAAAGCAAGGCCUGAACAUCUGUCCAGAUGCGUUUGUGUGUGUGUGUAACUGAGGCCUGGUGGUGGACCAGAUCAGGGGAUUAGGAUCUGUCUCUGUGGAGGUUAAGCUGCAAACCAGCGUUUAGAUCAGUAACUGAACGACUGAAACACAAUCCUGUGCUGCUGUAGGAACAUCAGCAGUUCAGGAUCUCUCUCUUAUAUAACAUGCCUCCAAAUUUCACGUCAGGACCAGGAAUCCAGCAACUGAUGUGUGGGGUUAGGGUUGGUAUAGACGACACACCUAACCCUAACCCUAACCCCUUGAGCCAAAAGGCUAUUGCAUUGGCCGGGAAUCGAACCCGGGCCUCCCGCGUGGCAGGCGAGAAUUCUACCACUGAACCACCAAUGCAUAUAUACCUCUCUUAAGUGGACUCUUGAUAUCUAAAAGCAACUACGGGUUCGAGUAACACCUCCUGAAAUGUACAGCUAACAGUCUGAUCCACUCAAACAGGAGUGGUCCUCUGAUUUUAGACUCAAAUUCACGUCCUGAAUGAGCACCAGAGAGUCUGAUCUGCAGACGUCAGAUCGGGACGUUCCUGUGCUGAGACCGGGGAGUGCCUGAAGCCGAGUGUAAGCCGAUACUUUCAGUCGAGGGAGGGAGAGGGGUGAGGGUGAACUCCCGCCUUGAAACAAACUUCUCAGUCAAGUUUAAACAUCUGCUGUCUUCCCAAACACUGACAGACUGAUAUCGACUGUAACUACUGCAGGUUUGGUUCAUUGGAGGUUUUUAAACCUCAGGGAUCUUGACCGAAGCUGCUCCAGUCAAGGACGCUUUUGACCACCAGACCUCGACAUUAUACAGUUUUUCAGUGGGGCAAAAAAUUAUUUGGAAGCCACCGAUUCUGCAAGUUGUCCUGCUUAAAAAGAUGAGAGAGGUCUGUAAUGUUCAUCAUUACUACACUUCAAGAAUUUAUCCAUAUAAGGGCGCAGAAAAUAAGUAAUUAGCACCCACAAACAAGCGAGAACUCUGGCCCUCACAGACCUGUUACUUCUUCAUUAAGAAGCUCUUCUAUCCUCCGCUCGUUACCUGAAUUAACGACACCUGUUUGAACUCGUUAUCUGUAUAAAAGACACCUGUCCACACCCUUAAACGGUCAGACAGCAACCUCUCCACCAUGGACAAGACCAAAAGAGCUGUCACACAUAUGUGUAUUUGUUUUGUUUUCACUGAUUUACAGCCAUUUAAAUUUCAUUUCAUCUCAAUUAUUUAGAUCUCCAUUAGCCUUCGCCAAUGCCAUCGCUGUUCUUCUUGUAGUCUACAUUCACAAUUAGCUCUCCAUCGCAGUGCACGGUCACAAAUAACACCAACGUCGAUAACCACAACAACUCACAACAGCCUACAAGACAAAAACCAAACAACCAAACUAGAACAAUACAAACAACAUCCAGAUAUUUCUGGACCUUAUUCAUUUCCACAGUGUUGCUAUAGUUCUGAAAUAAUCAGAUGUUUAAAUAUCUACAUACAUUCCACAUAAUUACAUUAAAAGUGGAGUACGCAGGAUCUGAGGAAGUGCCAGUUUUUAGGGAGAAAUCUUGAAUGUAAACUCUACCCCUCCCAACCAGUUUUCCCCUCAGCUCCUCCUCUCCCCUCUAUUUCUGCACCAGCAAGCCCCGGCCGCAAUCAGACGCUCCUGCUCGCUCGAAUUGUUCCAAUUAAAUUCAGAUAUAAUGCAGAUAAAUGCUUCAGAUAAUUACAAAUGGGGCCCAGUCAACGUGAAAGUAAAAAGCAUCGGUGCUACUGUAGAUGCCAACAGACUACCAGUAAACACAAUGUUUGCAGGACUUCUACAACGAGGAUAAAGUGACAUAGUCCAGGGGCCUAUUCUACAAGGCAAGUUCAACCUAGCAUACCUAGCAUAGGGCCAUAUCACCACACCCCUAUACAUUACCGUACUUUUCAUCUUGUUUGUUUUUACUUUGGGUGAGGUGAAUUUACCCUCCAUAACAGUGUUCAUCCAAACUGAAAGACAAACGAUUGUGAAGAACCCUUGGCAAUUUCGUCAUAGAUAGUCCUCUAGUGAAAGCUGCUAAUGAGGCAAUAAUGAAUCUGUAAAUUCUUGGUUUUUUUCUGUUUUCUCUGUUUCUCAGAUCGUCACCACGGCACGCCCAUGCUACUGGAAGGCGUCCGCUGCAUCGGGGUGGAGCUGGAGUACGACUCCGAACAGAGCGACUGGCAGGGAUUUGACUGAAGCUCCUGCUCGCCUUCCCCCUGACGCCACACACAUUUACACACAUGAACCUGCCACCCUUUCCGAAUCACACACGAAACACACUCGACAUUUUACCGAUCAGAUAAACGUUGUUAUCGAAGACUUAGUGCCACGUACUGUACAGAACUUCACGCAGCUGUGUGAGUCAGUUUUGGGUUCAGGAGUAAAGGGUCAUUUCGCUUCAUAAGGAUGUUUGAGUAUAAAAACAUUCCUCUGCUGAUGUUCAUCUAAAUGAACAAGUUGUUAAUUUCCUUGCUGCUUCUCUAACUUUUCCAGCUCUUUUUUUUUAAGCUUGUUGUUAACCUGUGCUUUCCUUACUCGGCCUCUAGAGGGCAGCAGCGCUCUUUGAAUCAGUGCAGCUUCAGCUUGUUCCACUCUUGUCCUCAUGUUCAGCAUGGAUUUACGUGUUUGGGAGUGCACAAGGGCUCUUUUAUUUUUAGGUAACUUUGGUCCAAACAAAUGAAGGAAUCUAAGAGAAAAUAACUGAUUUUUUUGGAGUGUGUAAUGUGUUUGUUUAACCACAAGGGGUCACUGCAGACCGCUGUCUAACUCCUCUUGUUGGGAGGCUUUAUUUGGGCUCAUGGCGCUGCUGUGUGCUCGUAUUUCUCUGUUAGACGGUAACCCAUAAGUCAAUGAUAACUCUACGAAUGUGAUUAUUACUUUCUUUGGAGAAUGAAGAAAAUCUUUUCAGCAGAAUUAGUGGAAAAUUAUCAAAUUUCUUGUGGGAGGAAAGAAAAUUAGUGGUUUGAUACAUCUGCUCCAGCUAUCAAGGAAGUUUUCCAUCUUUACUUCAUUGAUUCUUACGUCUUUAUUUCUCUAAGUAUCAAAUGGUGUGUGAACAAAAUGCACUUCUGAUCAAAUAUGGCUAACACCAGAAAUGUAACAUUAAGUGGCAAAAUUUCAAACAUUUUUUGUAAACAGCAAAAACUCAAAUCUGAAAAGGGCCUCGUCCUAUUUCUUGCUAAAUUAUCUCAUCAGACUUCAUAUACGUUGUCGAUUCUUUUACCGUAAAUCUCAGUGUAUACACCUCGCCUGUAAUACCCUCUUGAAUAUAAAAAGUUGGUUUCGUCCUUCUCAGUAUACUGACUCUCUUUCAGAUUUUUCACUGCAAGAACUCUCUUUUUUUUAAUUAUCAAACUAACUCUCUCAUAUAAUGGAGUCAUGGGAACCACAUUAAACUCAGAUGAUUUUUUGGGGUUUUGUUUUAUUUUUUGUUUGUUUUUUAAGAUUUGAAAAUUUUCUCUUCAUCAUUUUCCCAGGAAAAUACAGCCAUGGCCAAUUCACUUUUUUUUUAAAAUGAAGUCGUGGUAAAAUACAAUUAUUAUGAGAAUAUAGUUGUGGCAACGUCAUAUUCAAAUCUGUUAAUUUAGUCAAAUAUUAGCAGCAUACUGUAUUGAAGGAGGACACCACUAGUCUCAGUUUUUCUCACAGUCCUGAUUCUUUAAACAAUGUGGAGCUGAAGUGACAAAACAUUUCAUCAGACGCUCCACCGUCCUCGUUUAGUUUAGACAGCCGGCUGCUCACUGUAAACAAAAACUUCAUCACUUUUUUCUCUUGAUAUUAUAACUUUAUUCUGACUUUAAUUUUGGUAUUUUUUCAUGAAUUUAUAUACGUGAGAAAUUAGUUUUACUACGACUUCAAUCAUUUGAGAAAAUGAAAAAUCUGAAUCCUUUUUUUUUUUUUCUUUUUUGUCACCCUAAUACUUGUACAUGUGGCUCGCUGCAUAACUGAAAUCUCAGCAAGUGUAUUUGUCUUAAUUUCAGUCUAAAUAUCAUUAACCUUCACUUACAUUAUACCUAUUUUUUUUUAAAAAUUUUGGGCGUCUUCCUGUAAUUUCUUGGAAUGAAACAUAAUUUUGAUUUCACAAAAUUUCCAAUUUUUUUGGUGCAUUUUUUUUUUUUUUACUUAUUACAAAUAAUUCAGGUUCAGCUUUUUGCUUGUAAAACUUUUUGAUGCAUCUUAUGUGAAUUUUUUGACUUGAAGAAUUGAGUUUUUGCAGUGUAAAAUCUAAAAUCAAAGUAACACUAGUACAAAGGAUGCAGCCCACUUUUUAGAUGAAAGGAGACGUUAAAAGUUAAAGUAAACUGAAUUUUCAAAGUUUAAAUAAUUUGUAUAAAAACGUGAAAUUACCCAUUUAAACUCCCAUGAACCCAGAGCUGAUUUUCAGAACAAUAUAAGAGGUGAAGUCAAUGGUGGAGCUUCAAAAACGAAACCUGCAGCUGUCUUUUUUUGUUCUUUAAACGGACAACGACAAACUCUGUCUGCUUCCAGUUUUUCCACAGAUGUAGGUCUAAAAUUUUCUGUUUCAUGUUUUUGUAAAUAUAUUUUACCAACUAUAACAAGACAUUCAAACACCUAAUCCUUUCAGCCUAAAUUAAGAUUUUUAAUCCACCUAUCCAGAGAGAACCCAUCAGAUUAACCCACAGUCUUGCUCUGGGAGGUUUUGCCCUGCAGCGGCAGAGUCCUUGCAGAGUUCAGGAAGGUUUUAUUUCCUUGGACUUCAUGAAGCUGACAGAACACACAGUUGAUCCAAGUGCCUUUCAUCGAACCCGUACUGUUUCUCAUUUCACUGGAGCCUGACUUUAUUUUUUGUUUUCUACCUUUUUUAAACCAUCUGCUGUUCUUCUCGUCUCACACUGAACCAACACGGCGCUGCUUGGUUUACAUUCAUGCUUUAGACUAAAUGAAGUAAGUGCCAUGAUGUGGCCCCCUCUGUUGUAACUCUUUCCACAAACCCCUGACAUUUCUUUUUUUGAGUGAGUCAACAUUAUUGUUUUGUUAUAUCCUCUUGAAUCCAUCGGCCUUAAAGGAAACUGAACUGUGUGUAUUUUCUCUCGGUGUAGUGCAGAUUAAAUCGAUGUUUGCCUGUUUGUAAUAGAGGUUUAAAUCUGUUUGUUCCUUCUUUGUGAAGCUUCGAUAGGUGACUGUUUCCAGAAUGUAGCAGCUUAUUUGUCUACCUGCUCCCCGUGUGUGUGCGGUUUGUAUUUUUUAAUGUCAAAAACGAAUAAAACUGUUUAUGUUUGAA